UGGCCGGCUGAUCCCAGGAGGCGAUGCAACCCCUCCGGGCCCGGCCUGGCGUUGCUGCUGGCGGGGAGACCCCGAAGGUGGCACAGACAGCUUGAAGUCUUUUAAGACGGAAAAUGGACCUUGGCUUGCUAGAAGAUCUCUCCCUCUCUGCUCAUCCUGGUUUCUAAGCGCCAGCAUGGAGACCCCAGCUGAGGAAGGAAGAGCUAGUUAUUCGUCACAGCCCAAAGAAACUUCACAACAGCUGCAGUCCUACAUCACCUGGGUGAAUUCACAGCUAAAGAAGAAGCCAGAAGUUCAACCGGUGCAGGAUUUGAGACGCGACCUCCGCGAUGGCGUGGUCCUCGCCUCUCUCAUUGAGAUCGUAGCUGGAGAGAAACUCAGUGCCGUGGAGGAGUCGCCCACCAACCAGCAGGCCAUGAAGGAGAACGUGGAAAAAGUCCUACAAUUCGUGGCGUCCAAGAAGAUCCGCAUGCACCAGACCUCGGCUAAAGAUAUCGUGGACGGGAAUCUGAAAUGCAUCAUGAGGCUGGUCCUUGCGCUGGCCGCUCACUUUAAGCCUGGAUCCGGCAAAAUCGCUUCACCAGGAACCGUGGAAGAGAUCCAGGGGGGAAGCAGAAUCUUGCUGGCCCAUCACAGGUCUCGCUCGGCCGUAGCUGUUGCCCAGGAGGCGGUGGCCGCCCUGGCAGAGGUCCGCCAGGAUGUCUCGGGAGUGGGCCGUGAUGCCUUCCAGCCUCACCCCAGAAACAGCCAGCUGCACGGAGAGAUUGAGCGGCCGCACUGGAGUGUCCGAGCGCUCGUCCAGCAGUACGAAGGCCAGCAGAGCAGUGGCCCUUCAGAGUCCUCUUUCUCCAGGUAA